AUGACUAACACAACGUACAAGACCGUCUACUCACCGUCUUUUCUCACCAUCUUCUAUGACAAAUAUGUCCUCGGCUUCAACAUGAAGUACAUGUGGGGGUGUCCCACGGACAAAGUCCUCCUUCCCUUCUUCAGCGAGAACUUCUCGCGCAACCACCUCGAUGUCGGUGUCGCUACCGGCUACUUUCCCGCCGUCGCGCUGGCGCGGCCAUUCCGUGCCAACAGCAGGCAACGUCUUACCCUCGUGGACUUGACCGCGCCGCCGUUGAAUGCCACCAAGACUCGCGUCCUGUCCGUGACGUCGGCUACUGAAGUCGACUGCGUAGAGGCCGACGUUACGGAGCCACCGCCAAAGCAGCUCCUUGGCGAGCGCUAUGAUACUAUCACCAUGUUCAACCUCUUCCACUGCAUGCCUGGUGGCAAGUCAAAGUUCCGUGCUUUCGGGACGUACAAGGAGCUGCUGAGUGAGGACGGAGUCCUCGCUGGUUGCACCGUACUGGGACCUAGACAAUCUACCAACUUCCUCACGAGGUUUUAUCUUACCUGGUAUAACAAGUGGUGGGGUGUCUUCAACAACUGGGACGACAAGGAGGAGGAUGUCAAGGAUGCACUAGACCAGGAGUUUGAGGAGGUCGAGACUUGGGUUAUCGGUCAGACCAUGCUAUUCAGAGCAAAGAAGCCCAGAAAGGCCUUGCUCGAUGUAUAA